AUGGUGGUACCUACGUUGCCAAACUCCAACAUUUCGAUUUUCAGUACUGAGUUUCUAGAAUACAACAAAAGUCGAGAAGCACAUCUUCGAUCUCUUCGCCGUGAAAUAAGCAAUGCUGAUACGGAAAAGGAUGCCUUGCAGCAGACCAUCGCAAAGAUGCAGAAGAAUAAUGUAGCUCUCGAAUCGCAAAUUGCUCAUGAUAAAAAGACGGGUAAAGAAGCCGAUCACGUCAUGGAAUGUUGGAUGCGAGUAUUGCGAGGUGCUAUGAGUGAGACCAUGAAAGAGUACAACCUGUAUACUCCUGAAGAUACAGUGCCAUUCCUGACGAAACUUGGCUGA